GCGCCUAAGUUUAGCGCGGGAGAGUCUGAGGACGAGCCUAGGCAGCAAGACGUUACUUCAAAUCGUUGAGUGAGGACAAAUAUUGAGUGAUUUGCUAAAGAAAGCUUAAUUGAAAUGGCAGCAGCUGCAGACAACAGCUCUUCAGGUAGACAUUUCAACUUCCAUUGGGCAACGUGCAACCGUGCGGACAAAGUUCUUCGAAACAAGCAAAUAAGAGAAAUGACUGACAUGAUGUGCGCGUUGGCCAACUCAGGUGGAGGAGUUCUUUUCCUAAACCGCAAACCUUGGGAGUACGAUAGAAAAACAGUUGACCGCUUAUACGACGAAGAGAUUCAAGCGUUUGAAGAGAAGCUACGUGACGCUGUGCCUCCCAUUGUGCCAGAACAAUAUUUCAUACGGGAUUAUGUAUUCGACAAAUCCAAGAAAUGUUUCAGAUAUAGACAAGAACCAGCAAACUCUCAAAGCACAGUCAUUGGUAUUUCAGUAAGAGCAAGGAGUGACUAUACUGUUCACAUUCCAAAUCACCAUUUGCAUCUGAAAGUACCGAGAGAUAAGUCUGUUGUUACUGCAAAUGAGUACGAAUUGAAAAAUGUCUUAAAAAGAGAAGGUUUGCCGGAUGCUUAUGAGUGGAUUCCGAAUCCACAAAAGCUGUUAAAUCGAAAAUCACCACAAGAAAGUCGUACUCUUCAAUUCAAAGGUUAUUACAAAGAUGCUAGUGACAUACUAGCAGGCAUUGCUAGAGAACUUAAACCUUAUUUGUCGGCAUUCGCGUCUUUUUGGGGAGGAUCAGUUGUAUUUGGCGUUAACGAGGACAAAUACGAAAAAACAACACUGCCUGGAGUUUGGAUUGGAGAGAACUUACAAGAACGAACGGACAAAAGACAGAAUAUAAGAUGCGCAGUUGGCAGAGUAGUUAGCAGCUUGUGGAUCGAAAAUCCAAACUAUCAGAUUGAAGAAGGGAAAGACUAUUCCGUUACAUUUCUUGAUGCUGAGCCAGAAAGAGAUGCUAGAGAGCUAGUAGCAGUGUCUAUCAAGUCUAUGAGAAGUGAAUGUCGAGGAGUCUACGAACUGGAACCUAGGCCUGAAACCUGUCAAGAAGUGAAUGGAUCAUUCAAAUCAGUUCAAAUGUCAUUUGAGGAUUGGUCUAAAAGAGUAUUGAAGACAGAUGGAGAUCAACUGAAGUUGCCAUCACAUCCUCCGGAGGGUUGCCAGCGUACUUCAGAAGCUAGGAAGACUCUAUUGUGCUCUUACUGUAACAAAGAUGAAAGGGCGACCAAAGUUCUCGUUCUACGGUUGGAAGGUCAAAGGGGUCUUCCAAUAAGGGCUUACAAUCGGUUGCCUGGUGGUUUUAUAUUGAAAAAUAUCGCUCAUGAUAUUGAGAAAAUUACUGAAGUCAUCAUUGUACUCAGUUGCAAGUACUACAUGUGUCAAUCACACUAGACCAAGCAAUAGUCAUCACAAGUCAGACGAAAACAAACGUCAUUUCAAUUUGACUUUCCUCUUGAGCUGUUCCACAUUCAAAGGCUAGACGGUGACGCAGAACACUUUUGUAAAAUACUAGCGAACACCGUUUAAGAGAAAUGUACUUACUAAUUACAUUAUGCAGACUGUAGCGCCGGUUUACAUGAUUGUAGUGAUUGUUGUAGUAAUAAUUAGAUUGUAUCAUUUGUGACGGAUGAUUGCUAGAGACUACAUGUGGCCGUAUA